CGUACCUCUCAUAGUAAAUAAAACAUACCUCAUGAGGAUAUUCGCAUUUAUCACUAUGAGAAAUCUUGAACGAAAAUUAAUCAACAAUUUCAUAUUAGGCAUUGAGACUAAGGGACUAACGCAGCUAGCUAGGUAUGCUUCAAUUUCAGAUGAGCAUUUUGUGUUUCUGUCUGUUUUAGAGCCUUUCCAUUUUCCGAUUCGCCAAUACCUACAGCAAUGCCUUUCCAGCUGGACCUAAGUUCCUCUUGGAUUGUGCACCUGGUUGACUAUGGUCUCCUUGCGACGGCUACGUAUAUUUACGCCGUUCGUGAUAUAGGAUCUUCUCGCACAGGUCUCGGCAUUUUAUUCUCUCUCAUAAUCAUCCAAUUCCUGGGCUAUGCCUGGUUAUCGUUCGUCACCGAACAUACUCCGAACCCCUAUCUGGAUGAAGUAUUCCACAUUCCUCAAGCACAGGUCUACUGCGAUGGGAAGUUUGGCAUAUGGGAUGACAAGAUUACCACACCUCCUGGACUCUACAUCUUAACCAUCAUUGGAGCUAGAGUAUCGAAACUUUCAUGUUCGGUCUACAGUCUCCGGGAGUUCAACGUAAAAACCAUCUCUUAUCUAGCUAUAGCGGCCAUUACAGCUAGGGCUCAACUUCAACAUCUAAAGAGAGCGAGCAACGGACAAUCUCCAAUCUUGUACACCAUAGAUUCCUUCUGGACAGGGAUUAAUGUCACCCUCUUUCCGGUCUUAUUCUUCUUUUCAGGCUUAUAUUACACAGAUGUCCUCUCUACAUUUGUUGUACUACUUGCUUAUAUCAACCAUCUAGGCCGAAUGCGUUCAGAUAACCCGGCAGUUGCAAGCAGCAUUCGUACCAUUGCGGUCGGGCUCGUAGCGCUGAGCGUUAGACAGACCAACAUCUUCUGGGUGGUGGUCUAUAUUGGUGGCUUGGAAGUCGUUCAUGUUAUUAAAACCCUCUCCCCGGAACCAACGAAUACCCCGACUUUCAAAACGCUGUCAGAGCAGAUCAAUUUUUAUGUUUGGAGGUAUUCACUCGGUGAUAUCCACGAUCCACCCUUAAACCUAGCCUCACCAAUUGACCUUGUUCUUUCAACAAUUAGCAUUGUUAUAGCCGCAGUCUGCAACCUCGGAACCAUUGUGCGCAAGCAAAUUUGGCCGCAUCUGAUCGUCCUUGCGGCUUUUAUCGGGUUUGUCGUUUGGAAUGGCGGUGUUGUUCUAGGGGACAAAUCCAACCAUGUAGCAACCUUGCAUUUGGCCCAAUUGUUAUAUAUAUGGCCCCUAUUCGCAUUUUUCUCGGCGCCUCUUUUCAUCCCUCCGCUUAUAGACCUAGCGAUAUCUGUACUCCAAGUUAUCACUGGUUCGACCAAGCCAGGUCCGACCUCGAAGGCACUUCCCGUCUCCGAGAAUGGCCCUGGAGAGACAAGGAAACCCAGCCAGUCCGUAGCUCUGAAAGCAUUCAAUCGCAUUGGAUCGAGCCAUACCCUUCAUUCGGUUCUUCUCCUUGCCGGCGCUCUAGCAAUUACUGCUUUAAUCGUGCGGUAUAACACUAUUAUUCAUCCCUUCACGCUGGCUGACAAUAGGCAUUUUAUGUUUUACGUGUUCCGGUAUACGAUCUUGAGAGCGUGGUGGAUAAAAUACGCUCUUGUCCCGGCCUAUGUAAUAUGCGGCUGGCUGUGCUGGGUCACUCUGCAAGGCAAUACCUCUUCUACGAUACCUCCUCAAAAGCGCCAGUGGAUAUCAACGCCGUUCGAUACGAAAUCCAAGGCUUUUUCGCCAACUACAACUGGAAAAACUCCGAGUGGUGCAGCGAGUACAACUGUGGACACAACAACAGUACCGCCAUCUACGUCGACUGUGCUGAUCCUCCUCGCAGCUACUCUCUCUCUUGUAACAGCACCGCUAGUUGAACCGCGUUAUUUUAUUCUGCCGUGGGUCUUCUGGCGCUUGCUCGUCCCGGCACGGCCCGCCUUUCCUACGUCAGAGCCGGGUCCGAUGUCAUCAGUUUCCCGACACCUCGUACCGCUGAUUGAGACGGCGUGGUUUCUGCUGAUAAAUGCAGCAACUAUGUAUGUGUUCAUCACUAGGCCUUUUUAUUGGCGAGGGCCAGACGGCGAGCUACUAGACAACGGGAAUGUACAAAGAUUUAUGUGGUAGUUAAUUGUAACAUGAAAGAUACCUAAACUAAUAUACCUAGGUACCUAACGCAAUAUUCUGCAAGUAGAUUGAUCUCACGAUCAAAAGCCGAAUGGAAUAUAAUUACUUGAACUUAUAAGGUACUCUUAGUACUCGCCUAACAAAGGAGGUAUUGAAGACUCUAUCUGAGUAAACAAGUAUGAUACUUAAGAAGUACCUAACCUAUAUUGACCCCUUUUUUCGAAGUUAAAUAGUCGCAUACUAUGCAGCAAACAUCAAAUUCUUGUCGACAUCGCUUACAAAGUCAAAUUCGUAUAUAACGGCGUGUCGGCGAGUGGGGAGGUGAGAUGGUGAAUAACCCGACUUUUAAGCCGGUGAUGUAAAUAGAGCUCUUUUCUUU